AUGCAGGUUGAAUCACUCAAAGCUCUUCAACAGAAAAUUAAGUCUGAUGAGCGAAACCAUUCUUUGACCAAGAAACAUUUAACGGACGCGAUCGUUGAAAAAUACUCUUCAGCCAAAACUCCCCUCGGAGGUUCUCUUGCACAAUGCGUCAAUACAAAUGCUCACAACCCUGGGGCCUUACUCCCUCGUGCUUGUGAUCUUGGAGGUUACGAAACUUUCAAAGAUUUUUUCGAUCCAUUGAUCAAGGACUAUCAUAAGGUCCAAGCUCCGGAAAUCUCUCACCCUCCCUCGAAUUUUGGGGAUUUGAGCAAACUUUCGUUUCAAGAUUUGAACGCUGAUGGAGAUAUGGUUGUAUCAACUCGUGUGCGCCUAGGUCGCACCAUAGAAGGUUAUGGAUUCGGCCCAACCUUGACAAAGGAGACGCGUUUGGAGCUAGAAAACAAGAUUGCUACGGCCUUAAAAGGUUUAACGGGAGAGUACGCGGGUACCUAUUAUCCAUUGGCAAACAUGUCAGAAGCUGAUCGUGUUGCAUUGGUGGAGAAGCACUUCUUGUUCCGUAACGAUGACAGGUGA